CUCUUGUAAGAACAACCGCAAGUUGACACAAUAUCAAUUCGUAUCUGUCACUUCUUUUUCAACCCGCAAUAAAAGCAUGAGAAAACACAAUUGCAACCUUCACUACAACACCGAUGUCGAUAUCCUCGACCAAGUGAUAGAAGACGGCAUUUUCAUCAACCAGCGCAAAAAGCUCCAGAGAUUAUGCAUGGUCAGCGCCAAUCAUCCCAUGGCGUCGGUCUACUACAAAUCCCUCACAGCCAGAAUAACCGAAGACAUCAGACACAUCACCAACUAUCGCUGGAUGAUCCAUCCCUACAGCAUGCUCACCCUGUACUGGGAGAUGUUCAUUUUCAUCGUCUACAGUGCACAGUUCUUCACUCUGGCCAUUGCAGCGUCAGCGAACGUUUACUUCAGGAAACCCAGUUACAUUGUGAUUCAAAAGCUGACCUUGGACUAUAUCCUGACCCUCGAUAUCGUCAAGCAAUUCUUCACUGGGUAUUAUGAAACACGUGACGGCAAGACGGUGAUGAAUUUCACCCAGAUCGCUAAGAGAUACUUGAGUACAUACUUUUUGCUUGACCUGAUUUGCUGCACGCACUCUUACUUAGUACCUUUUAGAAUAAUCUUCACCAACUACGAGGAUUUCAUCGAAAAGACCUGGAUAUUAGCGAUAACCCUGAAGGUAAUCGCCUCCUUCAGAAUCCUACGGAUGAGAAGAUGGCUGGAAGCUUUGGAACUCUUCAGAAUGUACGUUAACCUGUCCAGCGUUCUGAACCGAGCGUUCCGAGCCAUUCUCAUAUUCAGCAUCCUCCUCAUUUGGCUCUACAGCAUGAUCUUCCAGAUAGAGAAGCUCGUUGAGUUCAACUUCAUACCACCGGAGAGCAGAGACUGGAACGCGCCUACCUUCAAGCUCUUCUACUCGGCCACCUUGAUGCUGCUGCACGUCAGCUACGGAGACAAGAUCUUGAGCCACCCCAUCAAGUCCAUAGUAUCCCUGCUAUUCAUGGCGGUCGGCUACUGCUUGCAGCUCUCCAUGUACACGCAAGUCAUGCAGGUGUGGGUAAAGUUCUCCAACGCAAAGAACAAGAACGAGAACCUCUACCAGCAGUUCACCGAGUACCUCAACUACAAGGAGCUGCCGAUGAACCUGCGCAGAAAAUUCUCAUCUUUUUACCAGUUCAAGUUCCAGAACCAGUUCUACAACGAGGCGCACAUCAACAAGAUGACCUCGAACAUACUGCGGCAGGAGAUCCUGGUCUACGUGACCAAGAACCACGUGCAGCGGGUGGAGUUCUUCCAGAACCUGCCCGAUGUGGUGCUGAGUAAGAUCGUGUCGAGGCUCAAGUCGGAGAUCUACCUCGCCAAUGACGUCAUCAUCAAGGCUGGAUUGGCGGGAACGUGCAUGUUCUUCAUCUACUUCGGCACGGUGGCGAUUUACACGCCGUCUGGUAGGGAGAUUUGCCACUUGGAAGAUGGCGCUCAUUUCGGGGAGAUAGCGCUGAUCUUCAACGAGCCUAGAGUGGCCACAGUGGUCGCAGUGACGCCCUGUGAGUUGUUCGUGCUGAACAGGUUCGACUUUCUGCAGGUUCUAGAACCGUUUCCCGAACAGAAAGCGAAGAUUACUAAGUUGGCGGAGGAGAGACUCAGAUCGACCGUUUUCCAGAAAUAAUUAUUUUGUGUUUAGGUGUUACCAUGUAUUUUGAUAUUUCAAUAUUAUGUAUAUCUGAUACUUCACGUUAAUCGAUGUUUUAACACGCUUUUAUCAACUUCACCUGUAUGAAUGAAUGAGUUUGACCCACUUUAAACAGACCGAUUGAUUUGAAAUUUGGCAUUUUUGUUAGACAAAAAGAACAUAAUGGCAGCUCCAAAAUGGUGAACGAGUUUUGUAAUUAUUAUUAU